AUAAUCUGAGGAAAGCUCUUCAAAUCGUAAACAAGUCCUCUCUCUACAGAACACAGAUUAGAAUAGAAGGGAUAUAAGACUAUUCCUCGGAAAAUGGGAAUCACUUGGACAACCAGCGUUUUCAGGACUCCACCUGGACUCCUCAAAAUAGCAGAGUUUAUUUUGGUGAUGAUAGUUUUGUUCAUCACUAGGUUCGGACACAGAGGUUACGCAAUGAUGAUGUUCGGGGGAGUUGACGCAAACUUCUUGGGAAACGGAACAGUCGUUGCAUACGCCAUCAUAGUUCCCGCAGUUUUACUCUCCUACAUGGUCGGAGCCAACCUGUCCAUCCUGGAGCUGUUCAUCAACCUGGUCGGAGGGAUCCUCUACCUCGCCAUCGGUUCAGUGGCUAUACAAACCUACUCCAGAUAUGGAUACGAUAACAGGAUGGGAAGCAGGGACACAAUCGGCAUUGCUCUCGGAUCUCUAGCGAUCAUCACUGGGAUUCUUUUCAUCAUUGAUUUUCUUUUUGCUUUCAAAAAUACGUUCACCUUUCAGAAUUCAAGGUUUUCCCUCUUUACCUACGUACAGACACAAACACGUGUUGUAGUUUAAACUUCAUCAAAAGUACAAAAUUAGCAAUUAAUUAAUUA